GUGCCCUUGUAAACAACCUGUCAAGUUCAUGUGGUCGUUCGUCUGUCAAAUACCGUCAGCAGCACGCGGGGAUACUUGACGUGACUGCGAUGACAACCCUUCAUUAGCCACAGUGGAUGACCCUUGGGAGCGGCCUGCUCGAUGGCGGACGUGAAGUCCACAUGAUCAGGAGACCAUGAGUUUCCGCCAGGCCCUGAGAUCUCGCUUCAAGGGGGACGUGAAAGCCGAAGAGGAUGGGGGGACACUUGUACGGAAAGGGUCAGGCAAACGUCCCAAGACUCUUGUUGACCAUAAAGAUGGAGAAGAGACAUUUGAGGUGCUUCAUUCGGACAAGGAGGAGGACGGAAUGUCCUUCCAGUCGGCCAGCUCACACAGCCCGCAAGGGUCCGAGGCCUCCGACAUUGUGGCAGGGUUCAAGGAUGCUGAAGAGCGGGCGGUGUUCGAGAGUCAGCUCACUCAGCUCCAGGAACAGCUCGUAGCUGUCAUGAUAGAAAACCAAACACUACAAACCGAGCUUCGUGACUACCGUGAGAAGUCAUCUGUCGACAAACUACGCCAGGAGCUUGAAUACCAGAAGCAUCGGAAUGAAAUGUUGGAAGAAAAAUGUUUCUCACUGGACAAGAAAAGUGAGUCCAUGAUCAUCCGUGAAUCUCCUACCACGGAGUCCAUGAUCAUCCGUGAAUCUACUACGGAGUCCAUGAUCAUCCCUCCGGAGUCCAUGAUCAUCCGUGAAUCUCCUACCACGGAGUCCAUGAUCAUCCGUGAAUCUCCUACCACGGAGUCCAUGAUCAUCCGUGAAUCUCCUACCACGGAGUCCAUGAUCAUCCGUGAAUCUCCUACCACGGAGUCCAUGAUCAUCCGUGAAUCUCCUACCACGGAGUCCAUGAUCAUCCGUGAAUCUCCUACCACGGAGUCCAUGAUCAUCCGUGAUCAUCUCGUGAAUCUCCUACCACGGAGUCCAUGA